UUGCAUUAAUCUAUUACUUAAUUCAAUGUUAAUGUGAUCUAAAGUUGUAUCCUACCUUGUGUCAGUUGCAUCACAUUUUUCUUGUGUGCUUUACUUUGGCACGAGAGAGGUAUCCAAAGACCUCAUUCAAACAUUGCACAAAGAUAUGGUGGGUGUCAUGGGACGACUGGACAAGAUCAUCAGUCUUUUGGAUUCUGCAGAAGUAAUGGUUUGCUUGGAGGAUUUCCCAAGUAAAUCUAAACUAUUUCUUUUGUCUUUGAAGAGAGACAAAUUCAAGGAAGAGAAACAAGAAAUAGAUGCCUGUGACACUCCAGAAAGAGAAGUUUAUAUUGGUGAUCCAAGCCUUAAUGUGAGGACCAGCAAGUUGGCUGUUACCAGAGCCACCAUGAAGGCUGGUGGGGGGAGGAGGUCUUUGUUGGCCUUCAAUCUUGUUGAUAUUUUGUUUGAUCAAGUGCUGUGAGGUCGAGUUCAACGUAGUUUAGAAAUUUUUACAUGGGAAGAAAACAAGUAUUACUGUGAUAUUUUAUUUCACUUUAUAUUUUGCCGACCUCUUUCUUUGCUUUGGAAUCCUUUUUGACUGCAGUGUAUAUGUUUUCUGCCCCAUGCUGUGGUGUUGGUGUAUUGCCAUGUCUUGGAAUUGGUGAUGGCUGUGGAUGGAUAAUAGAUGGGUAUAUGAUUCUAUCAGAGCAAUAAUCCUUUUCAUCUUUUUCUUCAUUUUUGCUUUGAGGCUGUGGCUCUUCGGAACAUGGUAGUUCAAUAGCACAUGAAAUUUUGUGUUCAGAUGAAGUUAUGUCAUUAGCUGUUGCCUGAGCAGUUCUAUCCUCGUCUGCAGCAGUCUGGCCCUCUGCUUCUUGGAAUGAUUCACAAUCUCGAUUUGUAUCGUUUUCUGAAAAUACAUUUUCUGAUUGCUGAAGGGCGUCUGGUAGUUUUCCU